CCUUAAAGACUCCAUCAGUGUGAGGAUGGGGUCACUCUGAUCAACGUCUCUCUCUCUUCUCCGCUGCUGGGAAAACUCAUGCCGGAUAAAUCCCAACCAAAAGAACACAGAUUUUACAGCAAAAACGGAGGAUUGUCUCAUUGCAUUUUACUUUUUUCUUUUUUAAAGAGUUUUUUGAUGCAGUUAACUUGUGAAGACUCCCUUAGAAAGACCUGACAAGAAGGAGACCAAUUAAGAUAUUUUAGACGUUGUUGUUUUGUUAUUUGAGAAUGAGUAAUACAAAGAUGGGAUUCUCUGUGCGGGAUAUAUUGAACUUAAAGGAUGUGGAUGAUGAUGACGAUGAAGAAGAGUUUGGAGCGGAGGACACUGAAGAUGAAGAUCCACCAGCCACCUCUCAGAGGCUCGCGGACACUGGGACUUCCACGAGAAAUUCUGUUUGGAUGGGAACUUCGGAGUAUCAGUCUCCGUUUUGCCCGGGAGAAGCUGAUCCAGAAGACCGUUUGGAGGCUGAAGAAGGAUCUCAAAGCAGCGAGGCCAGAGCGACAACAGAGGGGCCCGAAAGAAAGAGGAGGAUGAGGAAGAGGAGAGUGCUGUUCUCCAGAGCGCAGACAUGUGAGCUGGAGCGCCGCUUUAGGCAGCAGAGAUACCUGUCCGGACCUGAGAGAGAACACCUGGCCCAUAGCCUGCGCUUGACGCCCACCCAGGUCAAAAUCUGGUUCCAGAACCACAGGUACAAGAUGAAGAGGGCCGAGAGGGGGAGGGAACUGGCCGUGCCCAUACUGCUGAGAGAUCACAGGACUUGUAGCGUGAAGCCUCAUGACUUCGUUGCUCCUCUUCUUCAUACGGGACUACAGUUUCCAUUGGGAGCGCAACACUUCCAUCCAGUAAACUUUAACUCCGCUGUCUGCUCGAAUCUGGCUCACGUGCAGCCCUGGUCAUGGUGACUUGGCGGUCAUUGGUGAAAAGGUUUGGAAAGGGAUGUAGGCACACUCUAAAAAGAUAAAGACCAAAUGGGAAUUUUGGAGCCAUAUACCAUCGAAUUACCCUUUUUUUUUUAGAAAGCAAUUUAAUUUAACGGAUUUAACGGUUCUAUGAGGAAUCCAAAAUGGCUUUUCUAUUGGAUCCUCCCCGAAAAAUUCCUUUUGGUACAUUUAUUUGUGUGAGUGUAUGAAUGGUCAUGCAUUUUUGGAUCAGGUUGCAUGCCUUGUAAGCUUCAUUGGCAAAAGAGCAGUUUUAAAGCUCUUCGUAACGAACUUUACUGUAAAACCAGAGUUUUCUUGCCUUUUUGAUGGAAACUGGAGGUUUAAAUGAUAUAAACUGAAAGAUGCUUGCAGACACACAACGAGAUCUUAAUUUACUUAAUUUUGUUUUCAUAUCAAAAGGAAAUAAUAUUCUGAAACUAACAAAAGAACAUUUGCUUUAUAACACCUCAAUGGGCAUUUUUGUAACGAGGAAAAGUUUACAUUUAAAGGGCUUUUAAAAUAUUUGUAAAAUGUGCCAUUUUUUAAAUUGAUAUAGUAGGUUUUUUUUUGCUAAGUUUGUAACCCUUCCAAAAGAAUUUUACCUAAUUUUAAGUAAAGCGCAGAAAACGACGAUGUGAACACUACAUUUACAAAACAGGUUUUUUUUCGAAAGCGAGAAAUAGAACGUUGUAACACAGACGAAAAUGCUUACUUAACAAAUCAUUAAGUAAACUAAGAAACAAGUUAACUCUGAGACAGUUUGAAACUUUAUCCAAACUGGAGUUACACGUCCUAUAAGAAAACAGGUCAAAGCUAACAUUUUUUAAUUCGAAAAUAAUUUUGACACAACGUAGCAGAACCAUUUAAACAUUAUAAUUAUUUUCUUACAAAAGCAAGCAACUAUCUAAGAAAAGCGACUGUUUGUGUGCUUCGAGUUAUUAAUCAGUUUCAUGGUUGAACAGAAACAAAUGCAUUGCACUGUAAAUUAUAAAUUUGUGGUAAACUCCCGAAUAUAGAACGUUCUAUGUGUGUAAAGGGGACAUAGGGCUGCAUAUUUCACACUGAACACACAUUUUGUUGAUCAGAUUGUAUUCAUAUUUAAUUAAAAUAAAAUAAAAAAGUGCUUUCAUGCUACUUAAAAGUUGUAUUUUUUCUUUUGACUAACUCUGCAAUAUGUACACACUAAAUAUUAGCGAAUUUAAAGAAUCAGUAAGCUGGAAGACAUGUAACUUUCAGCUUAUUGUUCCAGGUUUCAGUUUUAAGUACUUGUUCCGUCAGUGUCGAGAUGAACCACACGAUGGCAGCAUUGACCUACAUUCAUAUCCUUUGUCGAAUUCCGAGUGGGCUGUUGUAGCCUGUGAAGAACUUGGUUCUCAAUUUCCAGUAGUUUUUUUAUUGUUUUAUAUAUUUCAUGUAUAUAUAGCACUUAACUUGACUAAUGUAAUCGAUAUAUUUUGAUUGCUAGUUUGAAGCACAAAGCCAAUAUCAGAUUCCAGAUUUACCUCUAGCCAGCGCUUGGAUUUGUACGAGCACGAUUUAUUCUACACAGGCAUUCACUUGACAAAUCAGGUGUUGAAUGAUAACUAUAAAUAAUUAUAGACUAUUUUGAGGGACGCUUUGUGAAUUUUUAAAUUUUAGUGCUAUAUUACUGUUUUACUGAGCCAAUUACAGCCUAAAUUAACCGAAUGUUUAAUUUUUGUUGCAACAGACUCAGGCUUAUUCGCAAUAGAGUAUACAUAAAGCACAUAUCAAAAGCACAUAUUAAAAGUGAUUAAAAGUGGAAAAAAUACAUUAGAUGGCAGCAAAACAUUUCAAAGUAUUUGGGUCAGGAUAACAAAAGGCAGAAUGAGUAUAACAUAAAACGAAUUUAAAAAAGAGAAUUUAUCUCAGAAACUAAGAUGGACAGAGGUACACCAAUCUGCCAAAAAACUGUUUAAAAAUUGUGUCUCAAUUUCCAAAAAUGUACAUAAUAUCAUCAAAAAAGCAGAGUAUGUUUGUAAGGGACACUGUUGUCUGGCUCAGGAAACCUUCCAGAAAUUAUUGUCUGUGAACACAUUUUACCCUCCAAUUCACAAAUGCAAGUUUAAGCUGUAUCAUACAAAGAAGAUGCUAUCAAUACGAUGCAGAAACUGAGAACUGGAGUUUUAAAACACUCUGUGCACUCACUGUUCACUCUUUUAGAAACUUCCUACACAGUUAAUACACCUUGUGUACAAUUAUAGCCGCAAAGUCAAAGACAGAAGCUCAUCUGUUGCUGCACAGUUUGUGUUCAUCAUACUCUACUUUUUAAUCAGAAGACGCUGUUGGCUGGAUAUUUAUACCAGCAUGCC